GCGCGCGCGCGCUCCGAACCCACUCAGGCUGUGCCUCCUCGCGCGGCGAGCGGCGCAUCAUCACAGAGCGGAUCUGUGCGCCUCCUCUCUUCAUGCCUUCAUCCCGAACUCGCGCGGCUUUGCUUUCUUUUUUUUUUUUUUUCUUUCUCAGCCUCAGUGUUUUUAAUUUUUUCUGAGACCGAAUCCAAGUGAGAGACGUUUUCAGGACGGGUGUAAAAAUCACUCGGGCGCUUUUUUUCAUCACCUUUAUUUUGAGCACGCACUUCCUCCCUCCUCCUCCUCCUCCUCCUCCUCCUCCUCCCGGUCUCCUGUCCGUCUUUCUCUUGGAUCUAUCUCCGCGCGCGCUGUGUGUGCCGUGAUGUCGGUGCGAAGGAGCGCGUGCUGCUGGUGCCACUUGCACGCGACCCUUUUCCGACUGCUGUGUGUUCUUCUGCCCGCAGGUUUUCCAGCACGGAGCGUGGACGUUCAGCGCGCCACGGACAACAUCACCGUGCGCCAGGGAGACACAGCCAUCAUCAGGUGUUAUGUAGAUGACAAGGUGUCCAAAGUGGCCUGGCUUAACCGCUCCAACAUCAUCUUUGCCAGUGAGGACAAGUGGUCCCUGGACCCCCGCGUGGACCUGGUGACAAAGGGUCAGAUUGAGUACAGUCUGCGCAUUCAAAAGGUGGAUGUAUAUGAUGAAGGGCCCUAUACCUGCUCGAUCCAGACCAAGCAACAGUCCAAGACCUCCCAGGUUUACCUUAUUGUACAAGUUCCUGCCUACAUUUACAGAGUCUCAGAGGACAUCACAGUGAACGAAGGCAGUAACGUCACCCUGAGCUGUCUUGCUAAUGGUCGGCCUGAUCCGGCCAUCACCUGGAGGCUGCUCAAUCCAUCGGUCUCAACAGCGGAGACUUUGGAUGUGGGCGAGUAUCUGGAAAUUUCCAGCAUCAUGCGCACUCAGGCUGGCCGCUACGAGUGUAAGGCGAGCAACGAUGUCUCUACACCCGACGUCAGCUACAUCAAUGUGGUCGUCAACUAUCCGCCUUUUAUUGAAGGGGCUAAGAGCUCGGAGACACAGGUGGGACGUCCGGGAGUUCUGCGGUGCGACGCUUCGGCUAAGCCGAAGCCAGAGUUUGAGUGGUACCGAGACGACAAGAGGCUGACAAACAUGCAGGGGAUUAGUAUCCACAUCGCUGGCUCUCGCACUGAGCUCACUGUUGCCAACGUCACGGAGGACGAUUACGGGAACUACACCUGUGUGGCCACCAACGAGCUGGGCAUACACAACGCUAGUGUGUUUCUCUUCAGACCUGGAACCGGGAGGGACAUUAAUGGCUCCGCCUCUGUGUGUCAGUCAGUGUGGCUCCUCCUCCUGCCCCUCCUCCUGCCUCUACUCAAGUGUUAAUGCUCAACGCUGCACUCCUUCACCACCACACUCUUUAUCCCUCUCUUCUUCAUUCUUCCUCUCACUCUAACUUCUGCCUUCUCCUCUCUCCGUCAGACUGUUUGCAUUUCCAUUCAGUAUAAACCGUGCCUCUUUGCACGCAAAAUUAGGUACACUUCCAAUUACAAAAGCUGAACAGAACGGGCUAGUCGUGCGCUUUAGUGUCGAAACUUUUGAAAAAAAAAAAAAAACUUGAGGAUUACCAGAGCUGAAAGGAAGCAGCAAGACGCUCUUUCUAUGACAAAUUGUUAUUUACUUGAUUUUAGUUUGUCACAUUCUCAGAAGCGAGAACUGUAUCAUGCUAACUACAAUGAAAUUAACCAAUUUGGUAAAGAUUUGAAUACACUUACAAAAAUCUGCAAAUUCCCUUCAGUGCGUGUCGAAUGUGUACCGUGAAUAUCUAGCAUUAGAAAAAGGAAAUGAAGCUACACCUAGGUGAUGUAGCAACUAGCGCUUAGCAUCAUUGUCUGGAAAGUAGCCAGUCAGUAACUUUCUGAACCUUUUGAAUCUUUGCUAAAUAUUAUAAGAAGCACUUGAACUUCUCCUGAACUUUAUUAGCACUUCAUUCGAUUUGGGCUAAUUAGCUAGCAGAGAAUAUAUAUGUUUAUAUAUAUAUAUAUAUAUAUGUGUGUGUGUGUGUAAUGCCUGACUCUAUAGCGCUGAAAGGCAAACUGUAAGCUAUCAGUGUGGCAAAACUUGUGACAAAAAUCUCAAGAAGCUGUCAGGAAUCUUUGCAUACAACAGGCCAGCAAAAAAACCAAUAAUAAUAAUACUAAAAAACCUUCAAAUAACAAAGAGUAAAUGUAGUGAUGCCUCACUUCACUACGAGCAAACUCAAAGCUAGUGAUGGAGCUUCGCUAGCUGCUGUGUCAUCGAAGCGGUUGAAUUUGAAAUGGAUUUGGAUUGUGACAGUGAGAGAUUCCCAUGACUGCAGAUUCCUGCAUUCCUGAAUUCUCGUGAGGCAACUGUGAAAAACGAAAUGUGACAAAAGAAACAAAGAUUAGCCGUUCGCAAGCGAGGGGUCUGAGGUCAAUUCUUUUCAUACGAAACGGCUCUUGCUAGAAUUCCCACAGGCGAGAGUUUGAAUUAAAAGGGAAUCUCUUGUUGCACUACUUGAACAACAGAAUUUAAAAAAAAAAAAAUGAGGGCACGUGCCGAGAGAUGAUUAUUGUUCUUCUUCUUCUUCUUUUUUUUUUUCGGUUGCUGUUUUCCUCCACAAGUUGUGGCAUGUUGGGCGUCACUUUAACGAAAUCUCAUCUAACCAUUUUUCAGGGGGAAGAAAAAAAAAACGUUUUUUCACCUUCCUGUGUCCAUUUGUGGGAAAUGUACCAUACUGCUAAUCUGUGCGUGACUUUUUUGGACUGAACUGUACGACACCAAUGAAUGCUCUGUUUAUUAUUAUUAUUAUUAUUAUUAUUAUAAAAUAAUUCUCCUUUCUUUUGUGAAUUUUUUUUGAAUGGAAGCUCACAAAGCUGUCCUUUUUCUUUUUUGCAAGAUUUCAAUUAACGUUGUAUAUAUGUACUUGAAUCCAUUGUCCUUAUAUAUAUAAAUAUAUAUAUAUAAAUAUAUUAUUAAAAAAAUAACAUUAAUAUAUUAUGUCCAUGUUUCUUAAUAGGCUAGUGGAUUUGUCAAGGAUUAACUUGUAGUGUUGCAUCUCGGUGCACCCUGUAAGUAAAACUGAUAAGGAGACAAAAACGCGUUACUGUAACCUCUCCGAUGAAAGUUAGAGCAACUGUAUCUUUGCGCUGAUCAUCUUAUUUUUUUUUUUAUAUAUAUAUAGAAAGUAAUGAUGAUUCCAGGACAAAAAUGAGAACAGCUAUGCGCUUGUUGCCAAAUAAAUAAAUAAAUAAAUUAGAGGACGCUAUUGUGCUGUUUAAGAUGAAUUAUAACAUUUGUAAUUCUUCAUAAUUUCAUUUGGGGUGUUUAUGUUAACUAGGCUACAUUUUGCGUUUUGUUUAAAUCUGACAUAAUUAAAUGUUUCUUCAUUGUAUCUAUCCACCCUGUAUAUUCAUUUAAAAGUCUUUGUAAAGUUACGAAGGAUGCUCGAUUAUUUUUUUCGUUGUUCUGAUGUGCUUACACUGUAAGGCCCGCCCAUAUUGUGAUUGACAGCGCUAUCAGCCAAUGAGCUGGGUUGAUGCAUUGUUAAAUUGACAAACACGUCUCUGUCCCAAAUGCUAGAAUUCAUGGUUAGCUCAUAGCAAACUGCCCCAAAAUCCAAAACAAGUCUUAAUAUUUUUAACAAUGAUCCAUAAAGCAUUAUAAAUGUAUAAGGUUCCAUGUUAGCUCCAUUUCAUGUUAUCUGUAUUUAGAAGUCGUAUUUAUUUAGCGUCCUAUUUUUUCAAGUGUUUAGGUCAUAAACGCUUGAAAAAAUAGGACGCUAAUUAAAUAAAGCGCUAACUCAUGAGUUACUAAGCUAAAAUGCGAUUAGUUAGCUAUUGCUAUUAACACGUGAGAACAGUUCUAGCAUUUGGGAUCCAGCCAUAGAACUUCUUCACAGUUUAGAGUAGGUAAAAGUAAUCACGAAGGGCUAGCGAUUCCCUUUUCAGCAAAAUUUUCCUUCCGCAAAAUAUUCAAAGAAUUGUUUGAUCCGAAUAGUUCCAUGUUGUUCUCCUACUCUAAAAUGUGACUGUUUUGCGUUGCCUUGAAUGCUGAUGUGCAAAUGUGUGUAUAUGUUUGAGUUUUAUGUGAAUGCACUUACAAGCUACCAGGUUCAGCGAGCAAACAGCUGCCUCGUGUAUUCGCCUUUCCCGCCCACAUAACUUUGUUUUCCAGGACGUUUUUUGUUUGUUUGUUUUUUGUUUUGUUUAUUUUUUUUCCAUAUGGAUCUGUGAAAUUUCCACCCUCAUUUCAUCACAGCUGACAUUUUGUAACAGCUUUGUUUUGUUCUAAGGUUACUGCAAUCAAUUUCUUAAAAAUCGUACGUACUGUAAAGUACCGAUGAAACGUUCAGAAGCGAAAUAAAGUCAUUUGAAUUUGA